CACAACAACUACUAUGAGCGGAAAUACGUCAUCGAGCUGCGCUAGCUGGACGCUUUAGAAGCUGGCAAGAACAACAACAACAACAACAAUUUGUUUGCGGACAACAGGAAAAUGGAAGAUUACAGAGGAUGGAGUUCCGACGAGACGCGGUGUUUGCUUGCGCUGUGGUCGGACAAAAGUGUGCAGGUGAAACUGGACAUGUCGUAUCGUAACCGCGCCAUUUACGAGGAGAUAGCGAAGUCCAUGGCGGACAUUGGGUAUAAACGCACCUGGCUACAGUGUCAGCGGAAGAUUAAACAUCUGAAACUGGCUUAUAGAAAAGCCAAGGAUAGCAAUAAAGGGAGUGGUAAGGGCAGGACAGCCUGUCCCUUCUUCGAGGAGAUCGACGCGGUGGUCGGCGGCAGACCCGCGUAUUGCCCUGGUUCCAGGGAUGUGUCGGACAACAUGGAGCCGUCCAACGGCGAGGAGACUUUAAACGGAGAAGAGCAGACAGAGAGUGACGACGAUGCUGUUAGGAUACCGACUGCCUCUGAACCGUCCGCGUCAUCCACACCAUCAACAUCUGCAGCCUCGGAAGCCGAGGGCCGAAGGAAACGUUGUUCUAAAGUCAAUGCAGCAGGUGGCAGCAGCAGGAGGAAAAAGUCCCGGAUCCACACAGCCAUAGAGACUCUAACAAAGGCUUUGGAAAAAUCAGAGAAAGCUGAGCAAGACCUUCAACUUAAAUUGCAAGCGGCGCAGCACGCACACGAGACCAAGCUGAUUUCUAUGAUGUUGCAGGCGAUGAACGGUCAGCCUGCUUUUCAACUCCCUCAACAGACCACACUUCCACCGGGAUCACCGUCUUCCCUCUCUCCUGGUCCUGGCCUGGCAGCUGCAGCGGCAUGUUUUGCUUUCGUUUGUUGUAAUAUGUUUAACACAAACACGGGACAGACACCAUGAGCACACAUCCAGACUUUCACAACUCAUAUACUUACUUCAUCCUUCUGUAGUUUUGUAAAUUAUUGUACUUUUGAGAAUUAAAUGCAAUAUUGUUGUGCCCCUUCCA